AUGCCCGCACAGAACCACCCACGAGGCCAUGAAGAACAACCACCAGCAAAGGAAACAGUGCGUUCGUUGGAGCAAGCUAUUUCUGGGGAGAUGACCACCUUUCCGGCGCCUUUAUCCUUCACAUCAGAGGCAACUGAUGGCAGUGGGACGAAUGUUGUGCACAUCUUGCCAACGAUUCUCGACACAACAACUGCCACAGCGACGUCUGAACCGGCAUUCACAACAGCAUCGCCAGUCUCAAAUACCUACUCUGGACCGACAACUAUUGCUAGCAUAUCUCCAGGCCCAUCUGCUUCCUCGUCUACGACCUCAGCAGUUGCUACAACUUCUGCCUUGACUAUUACCAUGUCCGCUGCCGUCUCAUCUCAGACUGAGAUCAGCCAACCAGAUAACAGCAACAACAGCAACAACAACAACAACAACACCGCAAGAACAAUCGCCAUAGCCGUUCCAGUGUCAGUAGUAGGCGCCGCCCUACUAUUCGGCGCCUUAUUCUUCUUCCUAAGACGCCGCCGCCGCCGAACUCGACCAGAGAUCUCCUCGAGCUCCCACAUCGACGUAAGCCAGAGCACCCGAGCAAACCUCCUAUCCCUGAACGGAUCCUCGUGGGGAGUCGGACAGACCAGGUCCCCAACUCCCUUCGAAGUCCCGCUCCCCUCUGCCACCGCAUCCACUGAUCGAUUCUCGACAAUCCAGCCUUACCCUCAUCACGCCCCGGCCAGUCCCACCCCGAGAAGCCUGACCUUCCCGCUGCCUGCUUCUCCCGCGACUCAAGCCGAACAGCCGGGACAACAUCAAACACCCCCAAGCGCCGCUGAAGUGUCGCCGGCGAGUGAGCACCGUCCUGGCUCGCCGUUCGACCAUCCAAUGGAUGACGCGAUGUCUGAGGUCUCGCGUCUGAGUGACAGGCGGGAAUCCGUGCAUGAUCGGGACCUGGACGACGAUGUAUCAUCUGUAUCAUCCAUUAGUGACGAUGAAUUGGACGCGAACAGAUCCAGGACGCGGUUCAAUGGAUGA